AUUGGCGACUCCAAGGAAGGCAAUUGUUAAAGUCCUCCAAACACCCGCCCCAAACGACCCAACUCCAGACUAGUGGUCGCUUGGCGACCAGGGACCUUUUUUUAGCAUCCCCGGGCGCUUACCAAGGUCUGGGCUCGACUAAGUACGGGGUAUACACGGCGGCAUCUUGCUCGCUGCUAGGUACAAUCUACUACUAUCUAGCGCAACAUUCCAGCGACCACUCAACUAGCGGACUCGUCCAAGCUUGCGCUUCCUGUCUCUCUGUUGUAAAGAUGGCACAAUUUCAGAUCGUCUCGGACCUCCACCUCGAGACGCCGCAAGCAUACGACCUGUUCGAGAUCACGCCGAUAGCGCCCUACCUAGCGCUACUUGGCGACAUCGGCAACGUCAAAGACGAGGGGUACCUGCGAUUCCUAGAAGCGCAACUCCUGAGAUUUCAGAUUGUCUUCCUCGUACUGGGAAACCACGAGCCCUUCGACUCCAGCUGGACCACCACGCGAGACCGCCUGCAGCAGUUCGCAGAGGAGAUCGACCGCCGGCGGCGGCAGCGGCGGCGGCGGCCGUCUUCGUUAGCAUCAACGUCCACUCCUUCUCCGCAAGCACCAUCAUUAGGAGAAUUCAUCCUGCUCGACCGAACGCGCUACCGACUCUCGCCCAAGGUAACCGUGCUAGGAUGCACCUUCCACUCGCGCAUCAGCGAGGCGCAGGAGGAGAGGGUCAGCUACGCACUGAAUGACUUCUACUACAUCCAAGACUGGACGGUGGAGCAGCACCGGGCGGCGCACGAGGCGGAGCGCGCGUGGCUCAACGAGCAGGUCGCCGACAUCGCGCGAUCCGACCCGCACCACAAGAUCAUCAUCUUCAGCCAUCACAGCCCGACGGUCACGGCGGCGGCUGUGGAUCCGCGAUACGUGGACAGCCCGAUAACGUCAGCGUUCGCGACGGAUCUGGCGGGGGAGCCGUGCUGGGAGAGACCGCAGGUGCGGCUGUGGGCGUUCGGGCAUACGCAUUACAACUGCGACUUCACGGACGAUCGGUCGGGGAAGCGCAUCGUGGCGAACCAGAGGGGGUAUUCUUUUGCGCAGUCCGUCAAUCUCACUUCACUCACGAUGACGAGUAUCUCCCGCGUAUUGCGGCCGUUGUCCCGCACUGCUGCCUCCGCCCGCCUGGCCGCAAGACAGCCGUUGCGAACCCGCAUUAUCCCCAGCAGCACGCAAGCAUUCUCCAGCACGACCCGGCGGCGGGACGUAGACCUCUCGGGCCUCACACCGACACCGAUCACGUUUCUCUCCGAGACGGAGUCGCUGAUGGCGGAGACCGUCUCGAAGUUCGCGCAGGAGCAGAUUAGCCCGAAGGUGCGGGAGAUGGACGAGAUGGAGACGAUGGACGCGGCGGUGGUGGAGCAGCUGUUCGAGCAAGGGCUGAUGGGCAUUGAGGUGCCCGAGGAGUACGGCGGGGCGGGAAUGAACUUCACGUCGGCGAUCGUGGCGAUCGAGGAGCUGGCGCGCGUCGACCCCAGCGUCAGCGUGCUGGUGGAUGUGCACAACACGCUCGUGAACACCGCGAUCCUCAAGUACGGCGACGCCCAGGCCCGCCGCACCUGGCUGCCCCGGCUGGCCACCGGCACCGUGGGUUCCUUCUGUCUCUCGGAGCCGGCCUCCGGGUCCGACGCCUUCGCGCUGCAGACCAAGGCCGAGAAGCUGGCGGAUGGGUCGGGGUACAAGCUGAACGGGUCAAAGAUGUGGAUCACCAACGCCAUGGAGUCCGGCAUCUUCCUUGUCUUCGCCAACCUCGAUCCCAGCCAGGGGUACAAGGGCAUCACCGCCUUCGUCGUGGAGAAGGGCACCCCGGGCUUCGAGAUCGCCAAGAAGGAGAAGAAGCUCGGCAUCCGCGCCAGUAGUACCUGCGUGCUCAACUUUGACGAUGUUGUGAUCCCCAAGAGUAACCUCCUCGGCGAGGAGGGUCAGGGGUACAAGUAUGCGAUCAGCGUGCUGAAUGAAGGUCGCAUUGGUAUUGCAGCCCAGAUGACCGGCCUGGCGCUGGGUGCUUGGGAGAAUGCCGCCCAAUACGUCUGGAACGACCGUCGCCAAUUCGGCCAACUGAUCGGCACCUUCCAGGGUAUGCAGCACCAGCUGGCCCAGGCGUACACCGAGAUCGCCGCCGCCCGCGCGCUGGUCUACAACGCCGCCCGCAAGAAGGAGGCCGGCCAGGAUUUCGUCCACGACGCCGCCAUGGCCAAGCUGUACGCCUCGCAGGUCGCCGGCCGCGUCUCCAGUUCCGCUGUCGAGUGGAUGGGCGGCAUGGGCUUCGUGCGCGAGGGGAUCGCCGAAAAGAUGUUCAGGGAUAGCAAGAUCGGGGUCAUCUACGAGGGCACGAGCAACAUCCAGCUGCAGACCAUUGCGAAGCUGUUGCAGAAGCAGUACACUCGCUAACAGUAUGGCACAAAUGAGUAUACCGUGUACAGUCACAUUCAGCGGGGCCCUUCCGGAGUAGUUUUCCCCUUACCGUGGGUGAAUUCUCGUACCAACUUAAACCUACCUAGCUAGAGACUCUUAGACCCAACUAGACUGCAAUGGCGUGAUCGCUUGUGAAGGGCGGAAUUUUCCGAACUACUGAGUAUCAACCCCCACUCAUUUCCUUUCCGUUGAAAAAAAAGGGAACCUAUUGGUGGCAAGCUCUCUUGUUUUUGUCUUUCUGGUUCGGAUGUUUCUGACUGUAGGCGCUGCGGGCGCCGUGUUGAGAAUAGCGGGCCCCAUUUUUUUUUUUUGUUAGAGAU